UUGGCAGACACUCUCCUUGAUCGUAUUGUGUGGCAAACUUUUUAUUAGAACCACAAAAGAACUUGCCAAUUAAAAAGAAAUGGAUUGGAUUGUUUCUAUUUCAAUACUGUUUUUAUCUACACUUAUCAUGUUGCUCCUUUUCAAAAUGGGAAACCCCUGGAAGAAGAGCUCCAAAGAUUUUCCACCAGGACCCAGGCCUUUACCUGUUGUUGGAAGCCUCCACAUAAUGGAUCUGAAGAAACCUUACCAGACAAUGUUAGAGCUAUCGAAACAGUAUGGACCUGUAUUCAAAAUCCAACUAGGACUCCAGAAAAUAGUGGUGCUAACAGGAUAUGAGACCAUAAAGGAAGCUCUGGUGAAUAAGGCUGACGUGUUUGCUGAGAGGGCCCCUGUCCCCAUAUUUGAGGACUUUUCAAAUGGUUUUGGAGUAGCUUUUUCCCAUGGUGAGAACUGGAGGGUGAUGAGGCGAUUUAUGUUAACCACAUUACGGGACUAUGGGAUGGGUAAGAGGUCCAUGGAAAGCAGAAUAGCUGAAGAGUGCAGUUUCCUGGUAAAGGAGUUUGAAUCUUAUAAAGGAAAACCAUUUGAAUUCAGAAGAAUUGUGACUGCAGCUGUUGCCAAUAUCAUAGUAUCCAUUUUACUUGGGAAACGAUAUGAUUAUGAAGAUCCAAGAUUUAUUAAAUUAUUUAGCUUGGCAACAGAAAAUGCCAUGCUUAUGGGAAGCCCAACCAUGCAGCUGUAUAACAUGUUUCCCAUGCUUGGCUUCCUUUUUGGCGCUCGUAAGAAAGUCCUGAAGAACAAAAGGGAAUUGAGUGCUUUUGUCAAUGAAAACUUCAUCCAAUCUCUCAGUAAUCUGGAUGAAAAUGACACAAGAAACUUUAUUGAUUCAUAUCUUGUCCAACAGCAACAGGAAAGGAAGAUCCAGAACAAUGGGUAUUUCCACCAUGAAAAUCUAGAAGAGUCAGUGAUAAAUCUAUUCAUGGCUGGUACGGAAACAGUCUCAAGCACCCUAUUUUGGGCCUUUACUCUAAUGAUGAAGUACCCUUUAAUUCAGAAAAAGGUCCAAGAAGAAAUAACAAACAUUGUUGGAUAUGUUCAGCCAAGAGCUGAACACCGAAUAAAAAUGCCAUACACAGAUGCUGUAGUCCAUGAAGUUCAACGAUAUGCUGAUGUCAUUCCUUUAAACUUGCCACAUGCAACUACAGUGGAUGUUAACUUUAAGGGCUAUUUCAUUCCAAAGGAUACUUAUGUCAUUCCCUUGCUGACUUCUGUGCUCCGUGAUGAAUCUCAGUGGGAGAGACCUCAUGAAUUCUACCCUGAACACUUUCUCAACACUGAAGGAAAAUUUGUAAAAAGAAAUGCAUUCAUGCCUUUCUCUGCAGGUCAGAGAUUAUGUCCAGGUGAGACCCUUGGCAAAACCGAAAUAUUCAUGUUCUUUACUAGUCUUUUGCAAAGAUUCAUCCUUCAGCCUGCUCCUGGAUUAUCAAAAGAAGACCUGGACAUGAGCCGUGCAGUUGGGUUUACAACACCUCCCAAGACUUCAAUAUUAUGUGCUCUACCACGUUUCUAAAAAUUACAGAUAUUCAGAGACUUAUAAGCAGGGGGUAUUCAGCUGAUUCAGACUGGUCAGGUGAACCGGAUGUUAAAUUUACAUGUUAAAUUUUUGCUGAACCGGUAGU